UACACAGUCGCACCUCUGCUGCCGUGGCCCCCAUGUGGCCCCUCCCUUACCGGACUGGACCGAUAAAUGGGUUAACCCUGUCACCGGGAGUAGCCGAGAUAAAUGCACCGGGAGCGUCGGGAGAUCCCUUUCCAUCCCUCCGCUGUUUCACCGAUCUGCGCUCAAAGCUUUCACCGGGCAUCCUCCGGUGUUGACUCGACAGAGUAGAUUGAAUUUUAAUCGUGAUUUAUUAUUUUUUAUAAGAGGCGAACGGCAACAACAGCAGCAGCAGCAGCACCAGCUUCGGUUGUUAGACCCAGACCCGUGGGCGGCUGGGUGGCGUCCGUCUGGGCGAGCUGAUAGGACGAAGAUUUGGCACUCUACCUACCAACUGCUUCAUCCCAAAUUUUCAAGAUAUGGCGAUGAGAAGUGAGAUGUAGAAAACGGAUGGGAGGCCAUUCAUGUGGGUCUGGGCUUCAGCUACAGCGGACAAAAUCUCCCAGCACCACCACCACCAUCAUCCUCCUCCUCCUCUUCCUCCUCCUCACCUAACCAGUUGAUUUUUUUUGAAUAACUAUCUAAAAAGUGUGGAGCUCAUGACACACUGGUGAAUCCCCGAGGCAGGUCCCACACACAGACUGAAUGAGUCCAUCUUUGGCUGUCGGACGGACUCCUCAAGAGCACAGGACGGAUGCAAACAGACUAAACACAUCUUGGCAAUUCAAAAGACCCUCAGCAUCUCCGCCAACGGUGUUGUAACCGAGCGGGGGGAAUCUCACACCGGGGGACCAGUCGUUUCACAGGCAGGGAGAAGAUGCCAUUCCACCAUGUGCGGGCGGGCCUGCUCUAUCCAGACAACUAUCUGAGCAGCUCCCUGACGGAAGGCAGCGAAGCCUUCCAGCUCACCAGCAUCUCCACAGAGGAGCUGGGAGAGAUCCGUGAGGCGUUUCGUGUUUUGGAUCGUGAUGGGAAUGGUUUCAUCUCCAAACAGGAGCUGGGCAUGGCCAUGCGCUCCCUGGGUUACAUGCCCAGUGAAGUGGAGCUGGCCAUCAUCAUGCAGAGACUGGACAUGGAUGGGGACGGCCAGGUGGACUUUGAGGAGUUCAUGACGAUACUGGGGCCCAAACUGCUGUCAUCCGACAACCGAGAAGGAUUCCUGGGCAACACCAUCGACAACAUCUUCUGGCAGUUUGACAUGCAGCAGCUGUCUCUGGAUGAGCUGAAGCAGGUGCUGUUCCACGCCUUCCGGGACCACCUGACAAUGAAGGACAUAGAGAACAUCAUCAUCACCGAGGAGGAGAGCCUCAAUGAAACCUCAGGGAACUGCCCUGAGUAUGAGGGAGUCCAUCCCAAGAAGAAGAAUCGGCAGACGUGUGUCAGGAAAAGCCUGAUCUGCGCUUUCGCUAUGGCUUUCAUCAUCAGUGUCAUGCUCAUUGCAGCCAAUCAGAUGCUGCGGAACGGCAUGGAGUAACCAAUUGCACUGUGAGCAUGGGGAGUGGACAGAACAGCCAUGACCUCACAUCUUGUCUUUGCAGCCAAAGCAGGACCAGCCACAACCCGAGCACUUCUCUAAACAAUCAGUUGAGUUUUUUGAGUUUAAUUUGAACUUACCUUAUAGAAGCAGACAAUGUGAAUGAAAUGAAGACAGAUAUAUUUGUUUUGCAUUGAAGAUGUCACCAUGUAGAGUUACUGGACUUACCCGUCACAAGGAACCUGAACUGGGAAAAAAAAAAAAAAGUUUUUAUAUGAACCGGGAGAAUAAACGGAGGGUUUUAUUUUGCUGUUUUCAAGACCGAGACCACCCUUUAAACUUGAUUUUCUAAUUACCGAAAAUGUUUAUCAGGUGCUUUGAGCCAUUCCUAAUUUAAAAAGCAAACAAUUGUUAUUAUGGACAAUUGCAUAUUUACCCUAGAGAAGUAGCGUUGAAUGUGAAUGAAUGUGGGCACUGAAUGUUGGGCACAGUAGAUGCAUAGUAAAUCUGUCACAUCUCAUAUAGUCAUGUGGAAACAUCACACUAUAUGUAAAACAUCGAAACCCUUGACUCAGUCCACUAAUCCUGGGGCACAUGAAGUCUUUAUGUGUAUCUACAAGGAGCACAACUCAAUACUCAGUGAGGGACCAGUAAAGAAUCAUCACUGUCCCGUUAUCUCUACUAUGAAGUCUUAGCAUUGAUUGAUAGAUUGAUUGACUGGUCACUUGAUAUUUGUGUGGAUGUGUUGAAGACAGUGGAUAAUGUGAGCUCAGGCUGUCAGAGAGAUUUAAAAUGCAUGAAGAAGGAGAUUUUAAAUCAAAUAAUAGUGGAGUGAUGGUAUGGGUUAACAGUAGGACCAGUCUGAGAUAAAUUAUAAUAUUUUUAGUAAUGUGUUUGUAGAAAAUAUUUCACCUCAGCAUCUCAUUGUAAUACUGCCCAACUGUGGUAAAUAUAAACCACGCAAAAAGCAUGCCAGUAUAUACACUGCCAUAUCAAACAUUAACUCUAACUCCCAUGAAUUUCUCUGUAUAUAUAGUGCUACUUAUCUUGUGUAAUGUAUUAUUCUUCGCAACAGCAGAAUGUACGAAGGGUAGAAACUAGUGAGACAAAUCAGGGAUAUACAGCAGAGCUGUGACAUGCUGUUGGUACAGCUGUUUUCUUGGAAAAGGUUGCGGUCUAGUGGUUAAAAUGAGAACUGCAGCUAAAAGCUUAAACAGCCAUGUUUACAAAGUGUUCAGAAGGGAAGAACAACACCAGAGAAUUUGAGCUUUGAUAUGUUUCGUGUCAGUGUCGCAAGGGCAGUUUGGUCUGUGUUGGUGAACAUUCACUAUUUUUAAUGGCAAAAGCAAGAAUAUUUUUCAGCCCAAACCCAAACUGUGUUGUUGCACCAGAGUACAGCUCAGGAUUGAGAAACUGAAGGUGACUGCUGCAGUACCUGUCGCGUCUGUGGUCAUAGCUAUGUUUUAUGGUCUAGACCUGAUAGCUCUACAAUUUUAUAAAGCUUACUGGGGGGAAAAGUUUGGGAAAGACCUUGUAGGAGUUUACAAUCACUUCCCUCUGUUUAUAAUAGAGCCCCCUCGAGGCUGAACAUCACAGUGACAACACAGAUUAAAUUUGAGGAUGUUCUUUAUGUGGGUGUAGAGCUGGGCGAUAAAGAAAUGUCAUUAUUAUUAUAUCUACCGUUGGAGUAGUGUUGUUAUCAUGUGUCCAUCUUCUGCUGUUGUUUUCCAAAAUUCUGUCGUUCAAUCAAAUGAUUUUAAACAAAUUGUCGUUCAAAAUUUAAGAUACCUGAGAUUAAGUUUUUAUUAAACACAUCUAUAGAGUCAGUAGAACACAGUUCAUCACAAUAAACAUAAUUUCUAUUAUUUUAUACAUGAUUAUUGUAUUGUAUUGUGAUAUUGAAAUAUAUCAUUACAAUUUUUUUUAUAUUAUUUUAUCAAUUAAUAUCGACCAAAUCGCCCAGCCCUAUGUUCAUGUAUGGAUUGCUGAAUGGGCCUAUGGGGCACAGGCCCAAGGGCCCAAUAUGUCAGGGCCUCCCCUGGCCUUCACCUGCAAAAUGCCACUCAAAUUAACACGUAACAACCAGGAUGAGACUCAAAAUGACCAAAACGAGAUGCAAAUGAACUGCAGAGACACAGAAUAACUACAAAAAUGGGCAAAACAACCACAAAGAGACACAAAAUGACCAAAAUAACCACAUACAAAUUUAUCACAAAAAGACACAAUAUCACAAAAAGAUGCAUAAUGGUUAUAAAGAGAUGCAAAACAAUAAAUUGAUAAAAAAAAAAAGAGGAGGCAAAACCACCACAAAGUCUGUGUGUCUUGCUCCAGUGAAGGACAGGUGGUGGUUUUGCAUAUCUGUGCCCAGGGGCCCAUUGUCUCAUAAUCCCCCCAUGCCUAUGUUGAUGCCGUCUUUGAAAUACACUCGUUGGUGUUCAUACUACUCAUUGCAAUGUUAUAUGCCAUAACAGCGACAUAUGUGGAUCCCUAAAUUGCAUGGUGCUCCCCUUGGACUUAAUUGGCUCAGAGUGUGGUUUGUUCUCAUUCCUACCUUGAAGCGAUUAUUUGUCCUCAAAUGAAAGCAAAACUAAAUAUUUCAAUCAAACUAACGUGCAGCCAUGUGAGUUUAAAAUAUGAUAGGGAGAGGGCUUUCUUUUGAAAUUAAAAAAUAGCUUUGUAAGAUCAAGUAUCACAGCAAAAAUGUAUUAUACUGUAAAUCAGUAUGCAUGUUGUUGUUUAGAUUUUCGUGUCUUUGACAGACAGGGGAAUCCAUUUAAUCUUUCUUUGUGGUGGCACAGCCUUGGUUUAAAUGUAGGUAUGUAUGUACUACUGUCACAUAUUUGACUUUCCAGUUUAUACUGUAAUAGCCAUUUUUUCUAAUUUCUACCAGCUAUUAAUCAAACCAGAGUGCAGGAGAGGGCAUUUUCAUAAAUAUGCAAAUACAAGGUCACAUCAUCAUCAUCGUCAUCAUCAUCAUCUCUGUUUCACGUCCUCUAGGGUAGAGUCUGUAGGCCUCACUGUGGAUGGUUAAAUUGACACUGAUUACGAUAUAUUGUGUGUUUUAGUCACAUUAGGUUUUUAUGGAAUGUUCUCACUGCCUCAUAGUCCUGUAUAAACUGCUGUAUAAUGUAUGCUACACUUAUCCUCGUGAGUCAGUUUAUGUCUUUGAUAUUCUCAGCACAUUGACAUUUGACCAAUGGACCAUGUUUUCACCUUUGUCUAAUAGCGUCAUGGUCCUUUUGAAACCAGCAUAGACCACUUUAUCUUUACAAUUCUCUAAUAAUUGUGCCAUUCAGACAUCCUUGCAUGGCUAUGUAAGGGGAACUCGUUUGAAAGACCUUUUAUCAACACUUUUGAAGUUUACAUUAUUAUACUGUACAUCUGUAACAGGACGGAAUCAGUUCAUGAUUUUCAUGUUUUUGAAAGUUGCUUUUGAGAUUUGUUUUUACCAAAACAUGUUUUUACCUUGUAGAUUGUAUAGAGAUAAAAACUAAACACAGAUAUGUACUACAACCUUGGCAUGCUGCUUAGAAAAGGAGAAAGAAAACAGCAAUAGUCGCCAACUGAAUGGAUAUUUAAAAAUGCAAAUAACAAGUUUAAUCUGUUCAAUCUAAAAAAAAAAUA